AUUUAGUUCAUUUUGAGGUUAUAUUUAUUCAUCAUUUAUUCAAUUAACAUAAUUUUGUGAUAAUUUUUUUAUCUAAAUAUAUGGACUUGCUACAAUAAAUAGAUAUUCGUAAUAUUUCAGUUUCUUUUCUUUCCCCAAGCUUGAUAAAAAUAAUAUUUAUGACGAUUAUAAACUAGGCCUACUACAUCAAUGGCAUCAAUUAUGAGACCGUAUUUUUUAAAUUGUAAUAAGUAUGUGUUUUCUCAUCAUGGACGUAGGUGUUUAUGCAGGAAUUAUUCCAAGCAUUUGCCAUCAACUGCUGAACAACAAGAUGUGGUUGACCAGAUAUUUCCAGACAUCGAAGGCUCCCCCAAGCCUGUGCCUGCCAAUUACUUUAAAAUGACAAGGGGCAGAAAACAAAAAUCAGAGAAAGUGCUUGGUGGCAAUGAAGUUCACAAGUCCGGACAUAUUAUUAUUGAGUGCAAAAAUAAAGAUUUAAACCAUUACAUUAACCAAAAAUAUAACAAGUUCAACCCAAUACCUCUGGCAACGAAAGGUUGGAACCACAGAUUGUCAAAAGGAGACUAUUUCAAGAUCAACAUUUAUCCUGAUAAGGAAAAACGUGUGAGAGUGUAUUUUGGGUUGAUGGUUUAGAUUCAUUUGAAAGCCUCGGGCUGGACAAUAGAAUAACUGAAGCUCUGAAGAAGAUGGGUAUUACAAAGCCAACUCAUAUUCAAGCCUCUGGUAUACCUGCAGUACUGAAUAGCCAGAAUGUGCUGUUGGCUGGGGAGACUGGCUGUGGCAAGACACUGGCUUACCUGUUGCCUGUGGUCCAGGAGAUAUUGAGGUGGCGGGCAGUAUCCCAACAUCGCAAGUUCAACACUCCUCUAGCUUUGGUGCUGACACCUGGCCGAGAAUUGGCGUACCAGAUUGGGGAUGUAGUGAACAACCUGGCAAAGGAGCUGAUGUUUGACUUUGAAGUGAUGGUGGGCGGCCACAUGAAAAGACUCAUCACUCAUCCAAACUUCCGGCCUGUGGAUCUUUUUGUUUCUAGCAUAGGUGCUGCUGGCAAGCUGACAACCUCAGGACUAUACAACAUGUCAUAUGUUCGUCACAUAGUAAUGGAUGAGGCAGACACAUGUAUGGAUGACAGUUUUAGUGAUUAUGUAGUCAGAUAUCUCAAAAAGUUUCCGGUAA